AUGCAAUGGGCAAGGAACAACGGAUGCCCCUGCGACAAGGAGACGUGCUCCAACGCGGCUUCGGGCGGACACCUUGACGUUCUGCAAUGGGCAAGGAACAACGGAUGCCCCUCGGACGAGGACACGUGCUCCAACGCGGCUUUGGGCGGACAUCGUGAGGACAUGUGCUCCAACGCGGCUUGGGGCGGACACCUUGACGUUCUGCAAUGGGCAAGGAACAACGGAUGCC